AUGUCAGUUCCUCUCGCCGACGGUGUUUCCAUCUCCGUUAACAAGAGCACAAUUAAGAGCUUCGGAUACGCUGCUCAUGCACACGGGAUAAUUCCUGAUUCCACCACCUCUAUGCUUGAACGGAACUGUAACCUUGAUAUUGAUAGACCUCCCGUUUCUUUCCGAAAAACGCACGUUAUUUGCACCAUUGGUCCCGCAAGCCGAAAUGUUGAAACACUUCACGAAAUGUUCGCGGCUGGCAUGGAUAUUGCUCGACUGAAUUUUUCCCAUGGAACUCAUGAAUAUCACGCGGAGACCGUAAAACUAAUACGUGAGGCUGAGCAGACGUUUAAACCUACGUUCCGCCCCAUUGCAAUCGCGCUAGACACCAAAGGGCCGGAAAUUCGAACUGGUUUAAUUAAUGGUAGUGGCACUGCUGAAGUAGAACUUAAAGUUAAUGAAAAAAUCCGUAUUACUUCGAACAAGAUGUUUGAGAAUCAGUGCAACGAGAAAACACUUUACGUCGACUACGCUAAUAUAGUAAACGUGCUCAAUGCCGGUUCUCAGAUAUUCAUCGAUGAUGGUCUUAUUUCUGUUACUGUAAAGGAGAAAGGUCCCGAUUAUUUGGACUGCAUUGUCGACAACGGUGGUAAGCUUGGGUCACGGAAAGGUGUCAAUCUUCCUGGCGCACCCGUUGACCUCCCUGCCAUGUCGGAAAAGGACAAACAAGAUCUUCAGUUCGCAAUCGAUAAUCAGCUGGAUAUCAUUUUCGCAUCGUUUAUCCGUGAUGGCGAUUGUAUUACGAAUAUGCGAGAGUUCCUAGGUGAACGAGGUGCAUAUAUUAAAAUUAUUGCCAAGAUAGAAAACCAUCAAGGCGUGAAGAACAUUGAUGAAAUCAUCGAAAAUGCUGAUGGGAUUAUGGUUGCUCGGGGGGACAUGGGGAUCGAAAUCCCCCCGGAGAAGGUAUUUUUGGCGCAAAAGAUGAUCAUUGCACGGUGCAAUCUUGUAGGAAAACCAGGCAUCUGUGCUACGCAGAUGCUUGAAUCAAUGACUUAUAAACCCCGUGCCACUCGAGCGGAAUCCGGUGACGUUGCCAAUGCUGUCCUUGACGGGGCUGACUGUGUCAUGCUUUCAGGCGAAUCUGCAAAAGGCCACUAUCCUGUACAGUGUGUAAAGACUAUGGCAACCAUUUGCAGGGAAGCCGAGGCCGUGAUUAAUCACACUCAGCUUUACAAUGACCUCCGGAGAGUGGUCAAAUUACCCGCAGAUACCAAUCUUGUUACUGCUAUGGCUGCAGUCGAAGCGUCUCUUCGUUGCUUGGCCAAAGCGAUUGUCUGCAUUACUACUAGUGGGAGGUCCGCCCAUCUAAUCGCCCGACAUCGCCCACGCUGUCCAAUCAUGGCCGUGACGCGCGAAGGCGUCACUGCUAGGCAGCUUUAUCUGUGGCGCGGUUGCUACCCCAUCCUCUAUAAAGAGUCAAAGGCUGACCUUUGGGCUGAUGACGUGAACCGACGCAUUGCCUGUGCUAUUGAACAUGGACGAAAGAUAGGUCUUCUUGCGGACAGGGACCAUAUUGUCGUUGUUGCUGGCUGGAAAUCAGAUCCAGGCACCACCAAUACGGUGCGAAUAGUUCAACUUGGUUCACUGGCUGAGCACAACAUCCUCGGGAUUCCCGAUAUCAUGAACUACAAGGACUAG